AUGGCUGCGACGACACCCACAUAUCUUGCGUAUCAGCACAACGCAGACCUGCUACGACUACAGACGACUGUACAGUCUAUCCAACCAUUCUCAACACUAGAAAGCGAAAACCGUGACUUGUUCAAAACGGCCAGCGAUGACGACUUUGUUAUCGUGACAAAAGAUACCAUUUUUCACCCUCAAGGGGGCGGUCAGCCAUCCGAUGAAGGUACAAUGACUGCUAUUAGAACCGGCUGUGAUGUCCCAGGUAUUGAGGUUCGCGCCGCGCGAAUGGAUGCUAUGAAUGAAGGACGAGUCCUGCAUUUAGUCCGCUUCAUCAACAAUACCGAAGGCAAUAAUAUCCGCCCUGGUGAUUGCGUCGAACAAAUGGUCAAUGCUGAGAAAAGGCUGCUAUAUUCCCGACUCCAUACAGCUGGACACGUAUUGGGCUCAGCUGUGAGACACUUGUUAGAAGACAAAGUCGCCGACUUCGACGAAUUGAAGGCUUCACAUUUCCCAGAAAGUGCAUCGUGUGAAUUCCGGGGCAGUAUUGAAGGAAAAUGGAAGGAUUCUAUUCAAAAUAAAGUCAAUGACUUUAUCAAGCGUGCCAUGCCAGUGGAAAUCGACUUCUGGAGUGAAGAUGAUUUCCGCCGCGAAGGUGUCUCACAUCUGAUUCCAAAUCGCCAGUUGUUGCUCCCAGGGCAAGACCGCUUUCGAGUGGUGCGCAUCGUUGGUGCAGAGGUGUAUCCCUGUGGGGGAACACACGUUGAAAGUACCGAUCUGUGUGGAGAAACGACUGUAAGAAAGAUUUCUAGAAGCAAGGGUACCAGCAAGGUCAGCUAUUCAGUAUCAUAA